AGGAGUGGUUUUUGGAUGAAAAGCGGUUUUGUCUUUUGUUUUCUUUUGUCCACCCGCUGGCGGGUGGGGAGGAAAAGACACAGGAGCCAACUGAGCCAGAAUGGUAAAAUUCAUGCCGGGAGUAACGCAAAGCAAUGCCUGUGAAUUCAGGAAAUCAAAGCUGGUUUUGUACUGACCCCCUCUCCGAAUCUGUCUCCGAUCAUCUCUCUGUACUACCCACACUAUAUUUUUAUAUCUAGAGAGACAAUGUGUGCGUUUUAGAGAGACUAAGAGAGCGUGGUGCGUAAAGGACGACUCACUCAGCACAGAAAACAUGUACAGGAGCAGCUGAGGUUAAAUAAGUAAUGAAUGGUGGUGGUGGUGGCGGUGGGUAAAAUGAGCAUCGGAUCAGAACAUUUAGAUGUAAAUUAAAACAGAUAGAGGAGGAAGUUAGCUGAGGAAAGCAAUGGCUGCAACAUGGGAUCAACUGGGCGAGAUUGCAACAGUCGCGCAGCUAACAGGCCUAGAUGCCGUGAAGCUAAUAGCGAUGAUAGCAAGGGCGGCGACCACGGCGCGCAUGCACAAGAAGAACUGCAGGCAGUUCGCUCAGCAUCUGAAGCUCAUUGGUAAUCUAUUGGAUCAGCUUAGGAUCUCGGAGCUGAAGAAGUAUCCGGGGACGAGGGAGCCUUUGGAGGGGCUUGAGGAUGCGCUCAGGAGGUCAUAUGUGCUUGUCAACAGUUGCCAGGACAGGAGCUACCUCUACCUCCUUGCCAUGGGAUGGAACAUUGUCUAUCAGUUCAGGAAGGCGCAAGGGGAGAUCGAUCGAUACCUCCGCCUUGUCCCUCUCAUAACCCUGGUAGACAAUGCCAGGGUCAAGGAAAGACUGGAAGUUAUUGAAAAGGAUCAGCGUGAGUACACUCUAGAUGAAGAUGAUGAAAAGGUUCAGGAUGUAAUUCUAAAGCCAGAGCCGAGUUCAAAAGAUACAAUGGUACUGAAAAAGACUCUCUCUUGUCGCUACCCAAAUCUAGCAUUUGAUGAAGCUCUUCAAAAGGAAAAUGAGAAACUCCAGGUUGAACUACAAAGGUCACAAGCCAAUAUGGAUGUUGGUCAGUGUGAGGUGAUCCAACACUUAAUUGAUGUCACAGAGACUGUUGCCAAUAAUCUCUCUGAGAAGAACUCUCACUCCCGAAACUCCAAGCAAGUGGAGCCUGAUUGUCCUUCUGCCAAUAAUGAGAAGGAAUAUGAAAUGGAUGAUGUCUAUCACAGGCAACAGCAUGAUACUCACACUCCUUCAAGAAAUGCAUCUCCAGUUUCAUCAGGGCGGGAUUUGAUAUCAGUGAGAGGAUCUCAUAGAAGUGACGAAUGGCAUACGGAUUUACUUGGUUGCUGUUCAGAGCCUUGUCUUUGCUUGAAGACAUGUUUCUACCCUUGCGGGACGUCUUCAAAGAUUGCAGCUGUGGCUUCAAAUGGAGACACUUCUCCGGAGCAAGCUUGUAAUGACUUGAUGACAUACUCAUUGCUAUUGGCAUGCUGUUGUUACACUUGUUGUGUCAGACGGAAGCUUCGGAAGAUGUUGAACAUCACGGGAGGUGUCUGUGAUGAUUUUCUUUCACAUUUAAUGUGCUGUUGCUGUGCUCUAGUUCAAGAAUGGCGAGAAGUUGAGAUCCGUGGGGCAUAUGGCACUUACAAGACGAAAACUAGCCCACCAGCUUCUCAGUACAUGGAAUCAUGAUGUGCUAAAUAGAGAAAUUGACAUUUUAAUUGUCGGCCAAUUAUAAUUUGUUCACUCUUAGAAAGUGGCGUGUGUUUUACCUGUAAUUGAUUGUUUGAACACUUCGGGUAUGACCUGUUGAUAAAUUUGGUAGUCAGCCCUAUCUUUAGGACUACCUUGUAUCAUAAGUCAGCUUCAUUAAAUAGAAUUUUUAGUUGUACUUGUAUGUUUCUAGCUUUCAAGAUCGUUUUCCCUUUUCUUUUCUUAGACUUCUUUGCAGGAGGUGUACAGAUAGAACAUGUGUGAUAUGGUCAAGCUCUUCUUUCACCAA